UUGCACAGCAACCCGACCCAGUUCACAGCGCAGAUCACGGCACAGGGUCAUAGGGUAAAUUAACCGCUGCAAGCCGUAAGGAGCACCAGUCGCGAUAUCAGCUGGCCUCGGCCUGUUCCGUCCCUGACGCGCACACUCGCCCGCCAUGUCAACCAAGAAAAACUUUGAUGGCGAGGAUGUCCUCGAGGGCCACAUGGGUAACCUGACGGCCGACCAGCAAGUCAAGAUCCGCGAGUUCUAUCACAAAUUUUUUGAGCUAUUCGAUCGCAACAAGCACGUCUCGGAGGACCUCGACAAGCGCGGCGGCCCUAACGCGGCGAACAAGGGGGGCAAGGAAGUCCAGUCCAACGUCAAGGACAAUAAGUCGGGCAAGGACAUCCCCAAGGAUGACAAGGCCAAGGAGGAGGCCAAGAAGGCAGAAGAGAUGAAGGAGAUGAAUAAGUUCCUCGACACGUACGGCGGCCCGUACCUUCGUCGUGCAUCGUGGGACUUUGCCAAAGCCGACUUCAUGGAUGCAGCGGUUCUGCGCUUUUUGCGUGCGCGCAAGUGGGAUGUGGAUCGCGCCAUGGCCAUGCUCUGCGCCGCCCUGUGCUUCCGUCUGGAAGUCGAUAUUGAAGGCAUGAUCCUCAAGGGCGAAAACGGCAUGAAGGACGUCCCCGGAUUCCUCAACCAGUUCCGUAGAGGUAUUUCGUACAUUCGCGGCAACUCGGAAAAGCCUGGCGAGUACCCUAUCUACUUUAUUCACGUCGCACGCCACUUCACUAAUGCACAGAAGCACGAGGCGCUCCAGCAGUUUGUCCUGCUCGCCAUGGAGAACGCUCGGCAGCUCACCACGCCGCCAUACGAGAAGGCUAUCAUUGUGUUCGAUUUACAGGGGUUUGGACUGAAAAAUAUGGACUGGCAAUGCGUUCUCUUCCUCGUGCGCUGCCUGGAGGCGUACUAUCCUGAGUCACUGCAGCGCAUCUAUGUCCACGGCGCACCAUGGAUCUUCCGCGGAAUCUGGCAAGUUCUCCAGCCGAUGCUCGACCCCGUCGUGCGCGACAAAAUCAAGUUCAGCAGCAAGGCCAAGGAUCUCGAGGAGUACAUCCCUCCUUCCAAGCUGCGAGAAGGCAUGGGUGGCACUAUGGACUGGGACUGGGACUACACAGAGCCAGACCCGCAUGAGAACGACCUGCAGAAGCGAACCGACAUUAGCGACGAGAUCAAGAUGGAGUUGAGAGACUUGCAAAACAAAUUCGAGCAGCUGACUAAGGAAUGGAUCGAAAAGACCGAGCACGACGACGAUGACCCGGACCUGGCGUUCAAGCGCCUCGUGGUGCAAAAGCAGAUCCGUCUCAAGCAGCUGCAGCUGAACCCAUACGUCCGCGCCGUCAACGUGUACCAGCGCCAGGGAAUCCUCACGGAGGAUAACAGCCACGAGUGGGAGUACCCGCAGAAGGACGGAAAGAAGCCGCGGCAGCGCAUCGGCGAGCGGCACAGCAUCCCUGCACUCCUCAAAUGGCUCAAGGACAAUGGCCAGGACACAAUGGAGGACUCGUACGGGCACAAGUACGGUGCGUGCGGCGUAGCGCGCUCGCACGACCUCAUCCCGCCCUUUGCGCGCACCAAGGAUGAUAAGAACACGCCCCUCAGCUCUGCGCUUGCCAAGUCAGAAAAAAUGCGCACCAACAGGAACGAGGAGCAGACCUCAGAAGGUGCGACUGGCGCUGCCUUUCGACAUGAGCGUUCACACUCCGCACGCGCGCCGCCCAAUGAGGAAAAGUCUCAUCAGAAGUUUACCGAGACGCAGGAGGGGCCCCAGCGGCAAACUUACACCGGUGCCAUCGUUGGCGCUGCCACGGGCGCAGCUGCCGCUGGCGCAACGUCUUACGCCAACGGCCGUGACAAUGGCGAGCAGCAUUUGCACCCGCAAAACGGCCACGAUGGGGAGGAGUACGAUGAAACCGAGGAGUACGAGGAGACUGAGGAAUACGACGAGGACGAGGAUACCAGCUACAACGACGAAGUCGGCUCGGACAUCUCGGACGAGUCGAUUACGCCGGAGACAUCUGUCAUUCCGAGCUACAUUCCUGCCAAGCCGCCGAAGGCGGCGGAUGUCAAGAUCAGCGACAACGACUGCAGAGAGGACCUAGGGCACGUGCGCGAGGCCAUGUCGCUCUUCCUCAACUCGCGCAUGAAGGAGGCGGAGGAGGUUUGCCUGCAAGGUGCCGGCCACCGCAUGUAUAAGGCCGAGGGCAUGGCAUUGAUCAACACGGUCAAGUCGAUCAUGACAUUCGAGCCUGAGGACCUCGAGACGGCGAUCCACUCGUGCAAGCACGCGAUGAACGUCGCAUCCGUCCUGCGCAAGAAAAAGGGCGCCGUCGGAAAGCUGCUCACAGGCAAGAAGAACAGCUUCAAAGACUUGUCGCUCGUCCAGCUGCACGCCGAGCUCGUCCUUGCCGAGUCGCAGCUGCUUAAAUGUAUCCUCGGCAUCUUCUAUGCUGGCGACGCCAUUGCAUUCAUCAAGCAGGCCUUCAGCCUGCGCAGCGCCUACUUCCUCAUGCGCGAGCUGUACAAGUUUGUUGAGUACGCCGACGCGGCCGCCGAGGAGGCCUCCAUCUCAGGCAAGAAGUCGUCCCUCUUGCUCGACCAGGACUUCCGCUCCGGCGUCUACGUUGGCAACGGUCUCUGCUCGCUUAUCCUCUCCAUGCUGCCGCACAGGGCGCUAAAGAUGAUGGAGGGCUUCGGAUUCGUCGGCGACAGGCGCUGGGCGCUCGAGUUGUUCGCGCGCGCUGGUGGCUGGUCCAAGAACAAGCCUCUGCCGUCCAUCUCGGCUGAUGAAGAGGGCGUGCGCAGGCCGCUGUGCGACAUUGCCAUUUGCCUCUACCACCUGAUCAUCUCGGCGUACAUUCCCGUCACCGACGUCGACUUCGAGUUUGCCGACAAGGUGCUCUCGUGGGAUCUCGACCGCUUCCCUCAGGGCAUUUUCUUCCUCUACUUUUCCGCGCGCCUCUAUGCCUCGCAGGCGCUGCCCGAGAAGGCGAUUGAGUACUUCCGCAACGCGAUCGAGUCACAGAGGGAGUACAAACAACUGCACCACCUCUGCUUCUGGGAUCUCUCCCUCACGUACCUCUCUACGUGCGACUUUGCUCGCGCUUACGAGUGUUACGACGUCCUCUCUCGCGAGUCCAACUGGUCCAAGGCAAUCUACCAGUACGCCAAGGCUGUCAUGCUCUACGAGACCGGCAUGGACGACCGCGCCAAGAGCGCGACGGUCAUGCGCACUGUCCCCAAGCUGACAAAGAAGAUCGCAGGCAAGCAGAUCCCGUUUGAGAAGUUCGUCACGCUCAAGGCCAAAAAGUACGUCGAGCAUAACAACAGGCUGCCUUUGCCCGGCAUCGAGUUCUCGUACAUCUGGCACUGCAUGCAGCAGACGCCUGUCUUUCUCCUUGUAGAGAACACCUUGACGCGCAUCGAUGAGUUUAUCGACGACCUGGAGAGGUACGCGGACCCCAAGGCGUACGGCACUGGCGAGUCGGAGUACUGGAGCGCCUACUGCCUGGCCUUCUUCCUGCGCGGUGUCGCACUCCGCUUUGUCGCCUAUCCAAGCGAGCACACAGUCGUCCGCUCGCCUCCCGAGGAUGCCGUCGGAAGUCACGACGAAGUGGUCCAGGACGCAGUCCAGUCGUUCCAGAAGGUCUUACAGCACGGCGGCCAGCUCGAUGAAGUCGACCGCUACCUCGUCUACUUUGCCCACUACGAGCUCGGCAGGCUCAAAGACUGCAUGGGUGACGAGGCGGGCGCAAGGAAAGAAUUCAAGCUUGUCAUGUCCGGCAAGCCGCUCGAGGCCAAGGGCAAGAGCACGCUCGCAGGCGGUGCUCAAGCUUCCUAUCUGCUCAACAACAUGUGUCAGAUCCGGACGCAUGCAGCGCUCGAGACUUUGCGCAUCCAAAGGGGUCCUUCCAAAGGCUCUUUCUUUAGUGACUCGGGCUCCCUUACCCACGGCUCUAGCAUAGGAGGCUCCAUCUCUUCUCGCUCCAUCUCGAGAGGCAGUCGCAGCUCGAUGACGCCAGCCUCCUCUGCCACUACCCGGUCGCGGGGAGAGUCGUUUGCCAGCUCCAAGCGCGCAUCCUCUAUCCGCGAAAACGGUCUACCACCCCGCGCUCGGGGUGCCGCCGAUGCGUCCUGCUACUGAGUGCGGAGACGAAAAAAUGCUUCAGGUGCCACUCAAGAACUGCUACCAGCAGCAGGAGCUCCCUUGCAUCUCAACAUUUCAAAGUAUAAAAUAUCUCGCUUUGAUGACCUAUUUUCAAGAUCUUAAUUG